AUGGCGCAUGCGGUGCCGCAUGUGGACGAGCUGCUUAGGGAGUACCUGCUCUUCCGUGGCUUUACUGAUGCCCUUGCCGACAAGGCCAAGGGCUUCUCGGUGGACAAGAUCCUCACAGAACUUCAUGCCCUCGUCUCUGCUCACAACCUUGAUGGUCUCGUUGAGUUCUGGGACUUUCUGCAGACGUACUUUUUCUCCCGGCUGGACUCGUCCAUGACCACUGCUGUCGAUGCUCUCGAGACUGCUCUCCUUCGUUACUUUCUCGUCCAUGCUGUAGAGGCUGACCGCCGCGAUGUUGUCUCGUCCUUCUUUACGCUCUUUGGCGAUCGUCUGUUUGCACAGGCCACCGCCCCGGGCUCGGGCCUUCGCCGUGGCACUGUUCUGGUUCCAGGCGCGGCCGCGCGUGGAAGCGCCCUCGAUGACGGUGGAUCAAGCGGCGGAGGCGCCAUCGCCGGUGAGGUGCCGAGCGAGCUUCGCAAGGGCGUGGUCGGGCAAGGACGCGCGGCAGGCGACUCCGGGCAGUCGUCGUCAUCGCUCGUCGACGUGCUGUACGUCGGAUCGGGCGGGGCCGACUGGCUCGAGUGGUUUGCCCUGCCGGUCCUUGACAACCCGCAGGCGCACCCGACAUUCAAGCCGUACUUUUCCAAGGCUUGGGUCGACAACUUUGCCGUCUCGCUCGCCAACUUUCUCAAGACCGUCUUCCAGGCCAUCCCACUGCCCAAGCUCCUCGCCUUUAACCAGGAGCGGCUGCGCCGGCAGGCGCUCGAGGCGCAGGUCCGCUCGCUCCAGUCCGAAGUCCAUCGGCUGCGCGCCCAGCUCCAGACUGCCUCGUCCGAGCUGGCGGACAUGGACCGCAAGCGCAAGGUGGCCUCGACAAUCCGCGUCCAGCGCGUCGAGACCCACGCCGCGGAGCGGUCAUCGCGCCAUUCCAUGGCCAUUGGCGCCGCUAGCCGUGUGGUCGAGUCGGCUCGCCCGCGCGCGGUCUCUGGCGCCUCGCGCGGAGCGCUCAGCGGCUCGGAUGCUGUGGUGGAGGAAGUCGUUGCUUCGCCGCAACCCGAGCCGAUGGUGGCGGCAGCGGCAGCGGCAGCGACAGGAGGGGUUGCUAGCAGGCACAGCGCCGACCCUGCUCCGGCCACCCGCGAGAGCCCGCUGCCUGGCGGCGAGGAGCCGUUCAUUGUGCUCAACCAGGAGGUGUUUGCCGAGCACAAGGCGCCGAUCACCAAGUGUCUGUUCUCGGCGGACGGCUCGUCGAUUGCAUCGGCGUCCAAAGAUGGGACGGUUCGGCUGUGGACGUUCUCGUCGUUCCCGUCGUCCCGCAACGCGGUGAUCCGGUGCUCGGCACCGGUGCUCUCGCUCGAGUGGGAGCCAAUGUCAGACCGGCUGCUGCUCGCCGGCACGGCACAGCGUGAGAUCAAGCUCUGGUCGGUCAACGAGAAAAAGGAGCUGUACACGCUGCUGGCGCCUGCACAUGUUCCGCGGGUGACAACGCUCGCCUGCUCGCCGUCGUCGCAGCUGUUUGUUGCCGGGCUGGCCGGCAAGGCAGCGGGCGGCGAGCUGCAUGUGUGGGAUCUGCGGACCCUGCAGCCGACCAUGGAGCUUGGGCUCUCGCCAGAGCCGACGGCCAACACCUCGCUGGCAUUCAACCACAACGGGCGCAUGCUGGUGGCUGGUGGGGCCGAUGGCAUGAUCCGUGUCUUUGACAUGUCGACCGGGACACCUAUCAUGGGCUGGCCGGCCCACGACGGCGCUGCUGGCGGCGUCACAGGCGUUGCCUUUACCAACGACGAGACUUCGGUGGUCUCACACGGUGCCGACGGCAAGUUUACCCGUUGGUCGCUUCAUUCGCUCGGCUCGGAGCUGUACAUGUACAACACGACCGGCCUGACCGGCACCGGCGGCGGUGAGCUGUCAGGCCUUGCCAUGGACGGCGACGGUGAGUACAUGAUUGUGGGGACGAGCGCAUCGCACGGCGCUAUCUACCACGUCGAGCAGCACGCUCCUGUGCAGACACUUGGCGGGCACGGCAGCGCGGUCCGCGCUGUCGACUGGCAUCCGACGCUCAACUGCGCCAUCACCGGCUCGGCCGACGCCACUGUCCGCGUCUCCAAGCUCAUCAAGGCACUGUGAAGCCAGGCUUGCGUCUCGGCCUCUGGACGUGUGCCAGCUUACAACUUGUUUUACGGGACGGCCUGGCAGGUGCUCAAAAGUCAUACAUCGGGUUAAAGCCGUGGUGGGACUCGGACUCGGA